AUGGGAACCGUCCUCUGCAUCCUCCUGCUGCUGUGUGGACUUCUGCUGGUCGACAGCAUCCCCGGAGAGCGAGAGGCUUCCUGCUGGGGUACGGCCGUGAGCCCGGCGCCACCACCCUCGUCACGCUGCCCGCCCACGGCGCCCCCUACCAGCUGGAGACCGAGGCAGAGCCAAAGUACCUGCUGGCCGUCAGACCUGUCCCUCGCAAGCCUGUGGAGAAACACUGCACAGGCGUGGCGGCCCUGGACCCCCCCCCUGGUGGCCGGCUCUCUGAGCCCCACGGCGGUGUUCCUCUCCUGGGGUCCGGAGCCCCACGGGGAGGGGGAAGUCAUGGAGGAGUGUCUGGAGGAGGGGUUCUACACGGUGCGGUACCGCCGGCGGGGGGGGCCCUGGGCCCACCAGAGCAGCCCCACGGCGGCCGCCGUGCUGGCCGGCCUGCGGCCCGCCUCCCGCUACGAGUUCAGGGUCCGCGCCAGCAGGGGGCAGCGCCACGGGCCCUGGAGCGCCCCGCUGCUCCACAGCACCGGGCCGGGAGAUCAGAGCCAGAGGAAGGCCGUCCAGAUGGGGAGCCCUCCGGCCAGCCCCCUGAAACCUUUGGGACCCCGGGCCAUGUUCCCUCCAAGACCAGCUCUUUAUAACCGGACCCGCCCUCCCCUCUCCUCUCUGAUCAAACAUCAGACCUUCCCUGGUUCCCCGCGGACCUCCUUCGCCAAUCGAGACCCGCUCAGACCGCUGGUCCUCCCUCGCCCCGUUGUCUGGUCCCGGCCUCGCCAGGGUAAAAAGCAUCCUCCACCCCUCCAGGGAAAACAUCACCCUCCACCCCUCCACGGAUAUCCUGUCCGUCCUGCGAUCCCAGUCGACCAGAUCCCUAACCUGGUGGGCGAACUUGGAGACAAAGACCAGCUCAGCCACUGGAAGCAGACGGAGAGGUUGUCGGGGGUGAAGCCCAACCUUCCCGCUGUGACACCAAGGCCAAAGGGGCAGGAGGAGAGACAGAUGACCAGGACCACCCCCACCACCAACCCCACCCCCACCACCACCACCAACCCCACCACCACCACCAGCAGUAUGGCCAGUAGAUUGGAUCUCUGGGAGGAGUCAGAGGUGUUCAGCUCUCAGCCCAACUCAGACCUGGAUGCCCUGGGGAAGAAACGCUUCGUUGCCCCUCACGUGGUGUACAAGACGGACAAGAGGCCUGAGGAGCCCUGCUCUGUCACCUCCUCCCUCCUCUUCUUCCCCGGAGAGAAGCCCGGCGAAUCAGACGCCAGCACGCCACCCCAGGCCCCGCCCUCUAACCUCACCGUGGUAACGGUGGAGGGAUGCCCCUCCUUCAUCAUCCUGGACUGGAAGAACACGGACAACCACACCCAAGAGUACGAGGUCAUCUCCACGGCAACGGGACCGGACGGAGAGGAGGUGUCCGUCCUGACGACCGACCAGACGCACACGGUGGUGGAGAACCUCCGGCCUGAGAGCAGUUAUGCAUUCAAGGUGAAACCUAAGAAUGACCUUGGAGCUGGACCCCCCAGUGAGCCGGUGGCCUUCAGCACAGAGUCAGCUGACCCACGCGUGAGUGAGAACGCCUCUGGUAAAGACGCCAUCUGGACGCGGUUCCCGUUCCGGUCGGACCCGCCCUCUGACUGUACCGGCCAGCAGUACGUCAAGCGCACCUGGUACCGCAAGUUUGUGGGCGUGCAGCUCUGCAACUCGCUGCGCUACAAGAUCUACCUGAGUGACUCGCUCACAGGUCAGUUCUACGACAUCGGGGACGAGGCGGGCUUCGGAGAGGACCACUGUCAGUUCGUGGACUCCUUCCUGGACGGGAGGACCGGCCCACAGCUCCGCCCCCGACAGCUGCCGCCGCGCACAGGGUUCUACCGGGCCGCGCGGCAGGAGCCCGUCCGCCUGGGGCCGCUGGGCGCCGGCGCCGCCGCCGGCUACGUGUCCUGGUACGAGUGCGGGACGCCCAUCCCGGGCCGCUGUAGACCCGCGCCCGAGACAGGAAGUGAAGGAUUUUGUCACUUCCUGAGUCCCUCCCGAGACCCGGUGUUGUAAAUACAGAAAGAACUAUCAGGAGACUAGCAUGGAUCUAUACCCAGUACUUUGAGCCGACAGGGGGGCCAGUCAGAGUCCCCCUUCCAUGCUUUGCACAACAGAAAUGUAUUCUCUGUAAAUGGAGAGGAUGUCUAUUUUUUCACAACAUUUUUGUAAAUCACAUUA